UAACACAGGCCUCAGUGAACUAGCAGGGAGCUGUCUUUGCUCUGCUUUCACUGCAGGGGGAAAAACCACACACACCUCUGCAUCCUGCUUCUCUUUUUACCCCUUAGGUACAGCUUGUACAAUCUGAAUGGAAUGGCCUGGCCCAAUUAUCCUCCUUGCCGAGCUGAAAAUUCCAGAGGUUCAGCAGCCUCGGAACACCCAUUUCCUACAACAGGGUGUCCUGGGUCACUCAAGCCUAUGUAUCUCUGUGGGGGGAGGUGCUUAGGACCCAGUAGAAUUCUCUCUGAAUGACAGACAGUGCUUUAAAAGGCCAGGCAAAGCCCAGAUGUGACAGCCUGUGCCAUCCACAGCGAAACAGCAGUCACUACUGCAGCAGCAGCAGCCUCCCAGCCCUAUUCCAGGUGCAGAGAAUUCAACAGCAGCAACCCCUUCCUAGGGAUUUUGUGCAUCUCCUCUUCCUAGUCUUGGGCUACCUCCAGGGUGCAAUAAUUGCCUUGCUUAAGCUGUCUUCUCCCUGCAGCAGGAAAGGACUUUGAUUCCACAAACAAAGCAGAUCAUUGUAAACAGGACAAUAGUCCUUGUUCCCCCGUUCAUGGAGCUGGUACGAAAGCCAGCGGAGCAUCACCGGUUUGCUGUCUAGGAAAAUGGACAUCACAGCAGAGCAUGGAAAACUGAUAAGCCUGUCAGCUCCUGAGAAGGAGGGGUGAGAUCUGAAGCCGCUACUCCUGCCCUUGCUGGGAAGUUAUGAAGAACUCGCUGCUCUGGAGGAGACAGAAGUCAGAGAUGCUGCUGGCCAGUGAAGGACCAUCAGCCUCACUCAACUUAGAUGAUUCGAGAGUGGCAUGGAAUUCAACAUGCAGAAGCAGGGCUGGCCUGACCCAUUUUGCCGCCUGAAAAACGUCAAGAUGGCGCCCCCUCACAUUCCAUAUACAAAAGCAAACCAGGCUGGUGAUUGAAUCUGACUUUAGCACUGGUGAUGGGACAGUGUCUUCCACUACACCUGAGGGCAGCAGAAUAGCUUAGGGGUGCAAGGGAUCAAGAACUACCAGGAAGGAAGAUGGUGGCAGUGACAUAUACUCUGAACAUCCACUGGUACUUCUUGCUGCUAAGACACAGGUCACUUUGAACUAGACCAUGGGGACAAUGGUAAACAAAACUAGGAUCAACUCUACCCAGGGUUUCGAUACCUUCUCUUCACUUGGAGUGUCCCAGUUUCAGGAGGCCAUUGGCAUUUUCUUCAUGGUCAUGCUGAGUGUCAUUGCUUUGGUUGCCAACACAGCAGUUAUGGUAGUCAUCCUCAAGACGCCUUUGCUGAGGAAGUUCAUCUUUGUCUGCCACCUCUGCCUAGUAGAUCUGCUGUCUGCCAUUUUUGUCAUGCCACUGGGGAUCAUAUCCGGCUCCACCUGCUUCAACAGGGUAUUGUACAGCAUCGCCGAAUGCCAGACUCUGAUCUUCCUGAAUGUUUGUUUCAUCAGUGCCUCCAUCUUCACCAUCUCAGUCAUCAGCAUCGAGCGCUACUACUACAUUGUCCACCCCAUGAGGUAUGAAGUCAAGAUGACCACCGGGCUCGCAGUUACCGUUGUGGCUUUCAUCUGGGUUAAGUCCAUCCUCGUAGCUGCUUUGGCACUCGUGGGUUGGCCCCAAGUCGACGGGGCCAGCAGUGCCAGCAAGUGUACUGUGUACUGGAGCCCAGGUGCCCACAAGAAGAUCUUUGUGAUCAUCUUCAGCACUCUCUGCUUCAUAGUGCCCACCUUAAUCAUCUUUGCAGUCUAUGGCAGCAUCUACAAAGUGGCCCGGAUCGCAUCCUUGCAGCAUGCUCCUGUUCCAUCCUGGACUGCCACACCAAGACCAAGAUCAGACUCCAUUCACAGCCAAGUCACUAUAAUCACAACCAGGAAUGCACCUCCCAGGCUGUCACCAGAACGCUUGUUUGGUGGGAAUAAAGCUGCCCUCACCUUGGUCCUGAUUGUAGGUCAGUUCCUCUGCUGCUGGCUUCCAUUCUUCUCCUUCCACCUCCACUGCUCCAUCAACUCUGUCUUGACCAUCCCCAGUUAUGGUGAGAUUAUUGUGACCUGGCUUGCCUAUUCCUCCUUUGCUAUCAACCCUUUUUUCUAUGGGCUGCUGAACCGUCAAAUCAGGGAAGAGCUGUCCAAGCUGGGGCGACACUGCCUCAGCAAGCCCCUGAGCCAAGAGCUGUGCAUCUCCAGUCCAGAAGGGUCCAUCCAUGAGAAUUUCCUCCAGUUCCUGCAGAGGACCAGUUGCACAACAGAGACCCGUUCUACGUACGUGAAUUCCAGCCCUAGGAACACUUUGGACCAGACUACAAUGGGGUUCUGGAUCCCAGGACAGAUCCCAGAAGAAACCAACUGACGAAAGACCAGUGCUUUCAAGUCACUUCAGCCAUCUCUUUCCACCUGCCUUUUAAGUUAAGAGGGGAAGAACAGAAGGUUCAGUGCGCUGAAAGACCUGACCAAGCCUCCUUUAGGGAGGCAUCUGAAAUUGAACAAUUGAUUUUUCUCUCUGAGAAUAAAUGUGAUUAAACGGGUUGUUUGCUCAUGGUUGCAACUGGUGGGAUCAGAGCCAGGUGUACCAUUAGGCUACUGCUGGCAUCCACCUGGGGGAAGGGGGGGCACUGUGAAGCAGAGCACUCUCAACUAUAUUUGCAGACAGUAAGAGAUAAUAUUGGAAGUGGAGGCCUUUCCACACUACCCCUCUCCAAAAGUGCUUGUUGGUGUAAGUGUUAAAAUACUGGCUGGGCCAAUAGUGCUGUUUCUCCCCAACCAUUGGGAAAGGGCAGGUUUAGUUUUGUCAUGGAUAGAUAGUGAAGGCCGUGGUAAUUUAUUUAUUUUUUAAAUGUGAACUCCAGUGCUGGAGAGCAUUCCAGCACAACCUCCAAAAGUAAUUGGAAGUGGUGGGGUGCUUUUAAACCCUCCAAAAUGGCAUGGAUAGGGAAGGAGGGAUGUGGCAUUUAUCCUACACCACUGAUACUAGAGCAGUUUGUUUGCGCUAUGGCUGGUGGGAGUUGUAGUCCUUAUCAGCUGGAGGGCACCAAGUUAAGGAGAGCUGUAACAACCAUGAUCUGCACUGGAUUCAUAACUACAAUGCUUUGGUCGAGGAGAAGAAACAGCAUUUCCCCAACAACUCAGCGCUGUGGCAUGGAAGCAGGGAUGCUAGGUGGGGAAAUGUUCACUGCAUCACACUCAACAAAUGGACAACUACUGUAUAUGCCCUAGGCAAGAAUAACUCUAGAAUUCUGGGUGCUGUAGUUUGUUAAUAGUUACUGGGAAUUGUAACUGUGUGAAUCAUGAAUCAGUGCCCAGAAUCCGGGGGG